CAUUUCAGUCCCAGCCAAUCACGCGGUUGACCACAGUCCGACUUCCAGGACUGUUUGUUUACUGUUUCACGUAGCUCUUAGAUUUCAACAUGAGUGACAGCUUGGAUGUGUUGGGAAUACUUUUGAAAUGUGCAAACUUUGCCGCAGUUAAGCACUCAGGUCAAAGAAGGAAAGACCCGGAGAAGACACCGUACAUCAAUCAUCCUAUCGGUGUUGCAUAUAUUCUAACUGACGAAGGAAGUGUCAGGGAUCCAGCCGUGAUUAUGGCAGCUAUCCUUCACGACACUGUGGAAGACACUGAUACCACUCUGGAUGAAAUUAAAAAGGAAUUUGGAAGUAAUGUGGCCAACAUUGUGGCGGAAGUCACUGAUGACAAAUCUUUGCCUUAUGAUGAACGCAAGCGUCUCCAGAUUGUUCAUGCUCCUACAUCAAGUAAGGAAGCCAAGUUGGUAAAAUUGGCUGAUAAAUUGUACAAUCUCAGGGAUCUAGAAAAAGCCACUCCAGAAGGAUGGUCUCAAGAAAGAGUCAAACAAUAUUUCAUUUGGGCUUCAAAAGUUGUUGAGGGCCUGCGGGGAACAAAUCGCCAAAUAGAAAACAGUCUAGAUGAGAUUUUUUCUAGACAUGUUCUUUAAGCAAUUGAAAUUAUGAAAGGUGCUUUGUUGAAGCUUUGUGAUAAUGAAAUAUAUAAUUUAACAUUG